CAACUCAAACCCAUAGAGCCAGGUCCUAGGAAAAUCACAAACAACCUGGCGAAAUCACCGAACACCCUACUGCAUAAGGGAAUAACAAAAACCGCCAUAACCGCAAAGCAGCAAUGCCGGACAACCCUAAGUCGGAGCUGGUGCAGUGAUUGGGAGAGAAGGAUUAGAAGCAUCAAAGAACUUUGAUUUUCACGAGGCAUCCAUAACUCAGAAUCUAGUUUUUUCAAGGGAAAGAUGUCAGAGAAAGACAAAGUAUGUGUGACGGGUGCAGGAGGGUACUUGGCAUCAUGGUUAGUGAAGCUUCUUCUUUCGAAGGGUUACAUAGUGCAUGGAACUGCAAGAGACCCAAGUGAUAGCAAGAACGCACAUCUAAAGAAAUUGGAUAACGCUGCGGACAAUCUGAAACUAUUCAAGACAGAUUUGCUGGACUAUGAAGGCCUUUGUGCUGCCAUUGAAGGGUGCACUGGGGUUUUCCAUGUCGCUAGCCCACUUCCACCUCCCAGUGAAGCUACUCUCAAGGAAGAACUAAUGGGACCAGCAGUCACUGGCACGAGAAAUGUGCUGAAUGCGUGCUCCAAGGCUGGAGUGAAGAAAGUUGUUGUUGUGUCCUCUGUUGCUGCUGUUCUGCUAAACUCAAAUUGGCCCAAGGAUAAAGUCACGGAUGAGUAUUCUUGGUCUGACUUGGAAUUUUGCGAGGCAAAUAAGUACCGGUAUUUCCUUGCGAAAACGGCAGCAGAGAAAGAAGCUUGGGAACUUGCAAAGAAGAGCAAUGUAAACAUCAUUACGGUUUGUCCUUCUCUAACUAUAGGCCCACUGCUGCAGCCAACCAUGAAUUCCAGCAGCUUAUAUCUCCUAAAGCUAUUGAGAGAUGGAUCUGAAUCAGAAAAUAAUAGAAUCAUUCCUUACGUAGAUGUGCGUGAUGCAGCAGAAUCACUCUUGCUAGUAUAUGAGAAGCCUGAAGCAGAAGGGAGAUAUCGAUACAUAUGUUCAUCAUGUGAUAUUAGAACUCAAGACUUGGUGGACAAGUUGAAGUUGAUGUAUCCUCAUUACAACUACCCCAAAAGUUUUAUUGGAGAGGCGAUGUUAGUGAAACUGAGUUCGAGGAAGUUGCAAGAUUUAGGAUGGAAAUACAGGCCAUUGGAGGAGACGCUUGUGGAUACUGUGAGAAACUAUGAAGAGAGUGGCGCCCUAGGACCUCUGUAAAAAUCUUGCUUGCAAAUUAUGGUGAUUGUUGAGGGAAAAGUUGUCUAGUAUCAUUUGCUAAGCUUCUGUUUGUUAAAGAAAAAAAGAACAGUGGACGGUGUUAUAUGCUGCCUUGGUGUUUUGAGUGUUUCGGCGUUCCCUCAUAAUCCCAAGCAUGUGUAUAAGAUGUAUAGUUCAAUAUGGUUUGAUAAAAUAAAAUUUAUGUUUUUGAAGUCAA